AUGAGCAUCAAUGAACGUGUUCGAACAUUAUACCAAAAAUCAAAGUUUUUCUUUUUAAAUCUCAAUUUAUUUCCAUCUGUUCCACCAACUACCCAUGAACAUCAACUUCGAAAUCAACGCAUUUCAACACGAUUAUUCAUCUUUUUAUUAACUAUAUUAUUAUUUAUUCUUCUUUUAUAUACAUCACUGAUAAAUAUUACAGAAACGGUUAAUGUCAAAGCACCUUCUAUUAUAGAGUAUGAACAACUCUAUAACUCAUAUAGUCAAACAUUAACAUGUGAAUGUACACAAGUAUCAAUCAAAUAUGAAAAAUUUAUUCAAAUUCAGUACACAUUACAUCAAGUAUGUUACAGUGAUUUUGUUACACAAAACUGGAUCGAUUAUCUUGGCAUUACACAAGAAUGGAUCGAUUAUCUUGCCAUCUAUGAAAGCUAUGAACAGUAUGAAUACUUUGAAAAAUAUCAAUACUAUGAAUACUAUGGAAACUAUGAACCAAACCCCACCGACUUUCGAUUUACCAGUACAUUUACAUUUCAAACUAUGAGCGCAUUCUGUACACUAGUGAAUCAAACAAUAUCGAAUAGUUUAAUUCAGUUCUAUUCGAAUCAAUAUGUAAGUGCAUUUGUAACACCUUCAAAUGUAUUUAAACUACAAACCAAAGCAUUUAUAUCUCAAUUUAAAUCAACAACAGCUACUGGAUUUUUGUUAUCACUUGCUAUGAUAAGAAACAUAACACAUAGUAACAGCUUAUUCAGUGGUAGACUAACUAAUUACAAGCUGGAUAUAUCGGCCGGUGCUAUGCGUCGAAUUCCAUGCUCGUAUGGUAAUUGUACGUGUACUUCUUCAGCUACAUGCAUUAGUCAAUCUUCAAUUUACGAUGCAGGCAGUGGUUAUGGGAUGUUAUUCACUAUCCCGGGUCUUUAUACUGGAUGUUAUAUAAUUGAAUCAUUACUUCAGUCUGAUCUGCAAUGUUU